AUGUCUCUCUCCUCCAUCCCUCUGUUUGUACGGCAGGUUGGACGAUCUCACGAGCAGUGCGGCGAAGCUGCUGUGUUGGAUAAUAGUGCGGCCGAGCCGCCGCGCCAAGCCACCGCUUGGCUAAUCUCCUUUCUGGCGGGAACUAGGACGAAUGAUGAACUCUUCACAUAUACGUCCGGUCGGUUCCUUUACAACGAACAACGUCGCCUUGAGGAACGACGGAUUAAUUUCGAUGUUGCUGCUUUGAAGCAUGCUGCUGAACAACAUGUUGGACGAGGUAAAAUCACCAAUCUGCGAAAACUUGCCGAAGGAGGGUUCAAUCGGGUAUUCCUCCUUACAACAGAAGAUGGAUUUCAAGCUGUUGCCAAAGUCCCCUACAUGAUCACUGUUCCAAAGCACUAUACCACUGCCAGCGAAGUGGCCACAACAGACCUUCUACGAUCAAAGGGAAUUCCUAUCCCACGUAUACUUGGCUGGUCCGCUGACCCGAACAAUUCUGUCGGGGCCGAGUAUAUCAUUAUGGAAAAGGCCUCUGGAAUCCCAUUAGAAACGAGAUGGUUCAAUCUCUCAAAACAAGAACGGCACCAUCUUGUGACGAGUUUGGUAGACAUUGAGACGAAGAUAUUUGACAUUCCCUUUGGUCAUUUUGGCAGCAUAUAUUAUAGGAAUGAUGUCCCAUCAAACCUUCGACAAGACCUUUAUGCAGAGAGCACCAAUUCAGCCAUGUCAUCCGCAGAUGAGCGGUUUUGUAUUGGCCCUACGACCGAUUACAUGUUCUGGUACGGCAAACGUGCAGAGUUGGGAAUAGAUCGCGGCCCCUGGAAAACACCGAAAGCCUAUUUGGUUGCUAUAGGAAAACGGGAACGUGAGUGGACGAAAAGAUAUGGUAAACCCCGUCCUGUCCGAUUUCCCCAUGUUGUCAACUUUGAAGGCAUCAAGUCUCCGCACGACCACAUCCAGCUUUUGAACCAGUACAUGGCUCUGGCCCCGUACCUAUUUGGCGGCGAUCCACACAGUGAGUUGAACUGUCCCACUUUGCGCCACCCAGGGCAUCCCCCAAUGCUCCAGAGCCCUGAUCACCCUCCACCACAAACACUUGAGAAACCAGUCCUCCCAGAUGGCUAUGACUCACUCAGCCCAGAGGAGAAGGCUCAAGCAGAUGAACUCCACAGACGCAGAGUGUUAUUUUAUCUUUACAUGGUGUUUAAUGGCGGCUUAAAUAAAAGACACCUGUCAGGAAUGAGAGACCCCCGUGUCCUCUUAACGCAACACCUUGUUGAGAGGGCUGAGAAACAAUGGAGUGGAGACAUUUUCAGCCUAAAGGGGGCCCUCAUCCGAAUAACUGAGAACUGGGAUCAUUUUAGUGCAAGCCUGCCAGAACCAGUUCUGUGCCCCAUAUCUUUCACUAGAUCUGAGAUUGAUAUACACUACAAGCAGGAGCCAACUUGGUUUCAGAUGAACGGUCUUGUUGAGCACUGGAAGUCAGAGCUACAGGGUUUGAAUGAUGAUGGUUGGGUUAGGACCGAAGCUUACGAGGACGCCGUGAAGAAGAAUAUGGAGUUGAAGCAGGUUUUGCUGGAUGGUUCUGAUACACCGGAGGAGGAGCGAUGCGUUCAAGAGCAAUGGCCAUUUCAGGAUCAUGAAGAGGAGAUUAUCUGA